AGGGAGUAACGUUAGUAGUGAGACGGGAGCUGAGGGAGGAGGAGGGACUAUAAACACUAAAAGUUAGUCUACAAUUACAACACAUCGUCGUCCUCGCCUCCCAUCGCAGGAUCUCGAAGGCUUUUCUUCACAAAAAAAAAAAAGGAAACUCAUCCUCAUCAGCCAUGGCUGUGGAGGGGGGUAUGAAAUGUGUCAAGUUCCUGAUCUUCUUUUUCAACUUUAUUUUCUGGUUAUGCGGCUUAGCGUUGAUCGUCGUGGGAGUCCUGGUUCAGGUGGGUUUGCACAAGACCUUCACCAUCAAGGACGCGGCGGCCUCAGGAGUUCCCAUCCUCAUCAUCAUUGUCGGUGUGGUGAUUUUCUUCAUCUCCUUCUUCGGCUGCUGUGGCGCCUGGAAAGAGAACUACUGCAUGAUCACCACGUUUGCCAUCUUUCUCUCACUGAUCAUCAUUGUUGAGAUUGCAGCAGCAAUCGCUGGAUACGUCUUCAGGAACAAACUCUCAGGUGUCGUCCAGGAUAGUCUCACUGAUAUGAUUAUGCAUUACGAGAACGGCACAGCUGAAUUCAAAGACACUGUGGAUAAACUGCAGGAGGAGUUGAAAUGCUGUGGCGUGAACAGUUCUUCCGACUGGAAAAUCUUCAGUUCUGAGGGAAACUCUGUGCCUGACUCAUGCUGUAAGAAUAUCACUGCUGGCUGUGGAGUCGGGACCAUGACGGACGCUGCCAAAGUGUACCUGAAGGGUUGCCAUGAUGCUGUGGAGGCUUUACUGAAGAAAAACCUCCUGUGGGUGAUAGUUGCAGCCCUUGUUAUUGCUUUCUUGCAGAUAAUGGGCAUUGUGUUCGCCUGCUGUUUGAUGAGAGGCAUCCGCAGCGGCUACGAAGUCAUGUGAUUCAGCUUCCCGCCCCGAGGCAGGAGCCGGUUGUUCAGAUCACACUUAUUGGGAGCGUCAUUGUUCGUCAUUGUUCGUCCUUAUACUCCAGAUAAAGUGCACAGAACAAUUCAUUUUCUCUUGUAUUGAUUUUUGGAUUUUAUUUUCAUAGGUUAUAUCUCCGCUUUGAUACUUUAUCAUUUGAGCUUAGGAAUUCUAAACAGUAGAAAAAGAUAAAUGUGCGCUUUGUUAUGUUCUUAUUGGUGGCGAGGAUUUCUAACACACUUUUACUUUGCUUGUUCUUGUUAAGAGCGCCAAGUUUUUAUGUUUUUAUUAAAGACUGUUUAAAUUA